AUGCGGGUUGACUACAUGAAAAGGAGGCUGGCCAAGUCGAGGGCUUGUUUGACCAGCCGAGACUUUGAAACUACGUUCAUGGAAGUCAAGUUCGAGGUGGCGAUUGAACUUGCUAAAAUCUUGUCAGAAGCUAUCGACCCCGCGCUCGCCGGAAGUGAAGGUGUGAAAAUAGAAGAUGAAGAUGUCGGAGCUUGUGGGAUUUGUCUUGAAGAUAUGCAGAAAGGUGAGGAAGUCAGAGCCAUGGCUGCUUGCGGCCAUAAGUUCCAUUAUUGGUGCAUUAACAUGUGGGCUAAGAGGAAACAGGAUUGCCCUCUGUGUAGAUCUCCAUUCAAAACUAAUAAAUACUUUUGA